CAUCACUGCAUGGUGCCCAUGUACAGCUGUGCAGUGACGGCCAUCGCCAUACACCCCGUCACCAACAACCUCGUUAUCGCCUACUCGGACCAGCAGCUGUUCGAGUUCAGCAUCCCCGAGAAGCAGUACACGGCCUGGAGCCGCAUGGUGCAGAACUGCGGGCUGCACAAGGUCUGGCUGGAGAGGGACUCUCCCAUCACCCACAUCACCUUCAACCCCAAGAACCCCUCACACAUCCUGCUCCACGACAUCUACAUGUUCUGUGUCCUCGACAAGUCCCUGCCCCUGCCAGACAACAGCACCCUCCUGAUGAACCAGGGCACCCUGAAGCAGCUCCCAGAGACAGCCAGGCAGCGGCAGCUCCACGCCUUCAAGAUCUGCAAGAAGUUCCAGCCCCUGCUCUUCGCAGAUCUGCUGGACGAGAAGUGCCUCGUGAUGGUGGAGCGGCCCAUCAUGGACAUCAAGACCCAGCUGCCGCUGCCCAUCCAACAGAAGAAAUUUGGCACCUGA